AUGCCUCGAGAAGCGCUUAUUAAAAAACUAGACAGUCAACUUUCAUCUGGAAAUUGUGAUAUCAGCAAAGUUACGAUUCAAUAUCUUACUGAAACAGAGAAACUUCUUUUUCGUCAACUUAGGCGUAAAGAAAUUACUGAAAAAGAUUAUAACUUUCAAACCACUGAAAUUAAAUGUAUAAAAAAUACAAUUGAAGAUUUGCAAUCUAAAGUCAAGAAUUUACAAGAUGAACUUAAUAAAAUGAAAAAUGAAAAUAAUUACUUAUGCAGUGAAAUGGAUCAGCUCAGUCGUAAUUUAAGCUUAAUUCAAUUAAAUGAAAAUAAUGGAGAAUUGAUAAAAAAAAAUAUUCAUGAUAAGAGAAAUGCUUUAAAAAAAAUUCGAGAAAUAAUUGACGCAUAUAAAAAAUAA